AUGACCAUUCCAAACAAACACGAAAAUGAGGUCAAGGAGGAGGGAAUGACCGAACCUCCCACCAACAAGAGCCAAAGCCAUCCUCUCCUAUCGGUGACGGAUGAAGUGGACGUCGAUUCCUUAAUGAUGGAUCUCGAACGACCACAAAAUUCACCUUUCUCCUUCAACAUUGGCAGUGGUGACUCCGGGUUGAUGGAAUCUCUGACCCCCAAGGAUCUGGAAAUGUUGGCGCACCUUCUCAAGCCAAUCAUGCUUGCUCAGAGUGAAAACGACAAUCAGAAACCGGAGGAUUGCGCAUUGCCCACGCCUACAGUGAAUUCUGCCAUUAAAGAGGACAAGAAGGAUGACACAGAGUGGUACAAGCCCUCCUACGGGGAAAGCACCUAUUCUCUCCUCUAUUUAUACAGUGUUGAUAGUGUGGCAUUCUGGUAUGCCGCAUUUGUCCAUGUCCUUCAGAUCACAACCAUUUUGCUGACACUGAUUGACGUGGUUGACACGGAUGGCAUCCAUCUGCCCCCUAAUGUCAGCUUGAGCGUUACCAUUGCCCAGGGGCUGGCCCUUUUCCCCGCAAUGGCCUUCCAGUCUGAAAUCCUGGAAGUUGCUGCAAGGUUUAAAGAUGGCUUUCUGCCAGAAAUUCUUACAAUAAACCCACGAGCAACAUAUGCCUCUUGGCUCCUAUCUGGCAUUGCUCAGCUCAUUACUGGCCUGCUUUUACUAUUGACAGUCUUCAUCUUGAUCAUGCAAGUCGACAGUGUCUUGGAUAUCAUGCUCAACUUUGCUGCAUUGGAAUUCAUGGCAUACAUUGAUGACGCAGCAUUUUCCCUUGCAAAGUCAGGAUUCGUUGGGAACCGCCUCCAAAUGGCGGCCAAUGAGGUAGCAAGCUUUCGUGUUCGAAAGAGGGCAGCAUCUGAUCAAGGAUUUCUACAGCGCUCCUGGAAGGCUGGGGUGUUCUUCCUCAUUCUUUCUGGUUUAUUUGCUGCUUGGAUUACCAUCGUAGCCUAUCGGAUGGCAGGCAAGUACAUGUGCAACACCAUCAUUGUGAAUAUGGGAGAUGACUUUGUCCCCUCUCUGGGAGCUUUCAAUGGCAUGUACGACUUGGAUUCGUCGGCAAACUCAGGGUUGGAGUGGAGAGCUGUGUAUGUGGAGAGACGCUCUGUGGAGAUUGGCACUCCAGGGAGAGGCAUCUUUGAUUACUGUGAGGACAUUAAAGCUUGGACAUUUCGGAUUGAUUCCAAGGACAAGAGUGGCAAGGGAGAUCCGUGUGACUGGAUUGCCAGAUCUUCUGAAACAGACGGCUAUGAUAUCACAGAGGCAGUUGGGAGUGCAUGGUUUGUCCGAGAUGAAACGAACCGCGAAGUGGUGCUGGAACCAUUCAGCCUAUUUUGCUUUGACUGCUCCAAUGAGGAUGCGGAAGGAAGUGAUGACUGUGGCGGCAAAGGAACCUGCAGCAAUGCUGUCUGUGACUGUGAGGAUGGAUGGUAUGGGCUCCGGUGUGAAUUUGUCCGCCCCUGCCCUUGGAUCAACCUUGAUGCUAGGACUGAUAAGUUUGCCAGUACCAGGGAUUGGGCAAGCAGUUACCAGUCCAUUGAAUUGGGCAAGGGCUCACUGGUGGAAGCUUACCACCGACCAGUCUACAUCCAUGAAUACAGUGAUGGCGAAUAUGAUGUUGUCAUGUUCACUGGUGGGCGUUGGGCUUUGACUUCUUCUGUUUUCUUGCCUCUUGCUGGAAGGAUCCCUUCCAAUGCUCUAUCUGAUGGACACGAUGAUGUUGGUUCUGAUAUUGGAAACUACUUCAAGCAUGCCUUCCAUGGAUAUAAGGGCUUUUCUACCAACCUUUCUGUUGCUUUCCUCAGUGACUACAUGGAAAUGGGGACACAUUUGAGCUCUAGCUCCCCAGUUGGCUUUUCUUGGUUCUUUGCUGAAGAAGCCAUCACUGAUAACCAGAAUCAGGGAUUUGGGAAUGGGAUUUCUACUGAAUUUCUAUGUCGUGCCUGUGACGAAUCCUCAAACCCAUGUCUUUAUGAUGGAAAGUGCAGUGAUGGAGCCUGUGUGUGUUCCCUUGACAGUUUUGGAAGCCUCUGUGAAAUCCCACCGGGUAUGUUCAUGGGCCUGUUUAUAUGA